AUUACGACAUAAUGAUUUUCCAUCUGCUUUAGAAAGCAAGAAUCGGGCUGAUGAUGACCAAGUAGAAAAUCUAGAAUAUCAAACUGUUUCCAAAACUGUUAUUUCUGAACAAUUAAAUCAUAUAUUUUUGCGACAUGAUGGCCCUAAAUCGGCUUUAGAAAUUAUAGAAUUGGCCAAAGAGCAAAUACAAAAUCUCAAACAUCGACCUUUUUCUAAACAAUCAGUAUUAGUUGAAAAUUAUAAGGUUGAAAAUGUAGACGAAGAAAAUUAUAUAAUUUUUAAAGUAAAAUAUACUAUUAAAGAAUUUUGCGAAUAUCCACGUAAAGUAAACAACAGAUUUAAAAAACAAAUGAAAGAUAUGUUAAAUGAGGUUCAAGAAUUACAAAAAGAUAUAGAAGAAUUAGAAAAUUUUUAUUGGUAUAUAGAUUAUGGAAUGUUUAUAAACCAUGGUGAUGUCUGUUGUCGCUAUUCUUAA